AGGAGGAGAGAGAGAGAGAGAGAGAGAGAGAGAGAGAGAGAGAGAUAAGCACAGGAAAGCAGCGUGUUCGGGUUUGCAGUGGAACUAGUGACAGUGGAGAAAAAUAAGACAUAGAGGGAUCUUGUCAACCCCGGGGGAUUACUUACUCAAGAGAACCGGUGUCUGUGCUUCAAUUGGGAAAUCCGCGCUCUCUUUCUGGUGUAGAUUUGCAGCCAGCGUUACUGUCAAGUGACCUAGCAGCACUAUCACUAUCGCUGUCAGCUCGGGACAGCGCACUGAGUUCGUCUGGAGAGCUCAGACACCAGCUCCACUGCCUGCCUGUCCACCCAGACAAACUGUUAACUGUUCAUUGUGGGACGCAGGACCUUUCUCCUGCAUGGGCGCCUGCUGAGUUUGGACUUGUCUGCAGUGUUUUAGUCUGCUGUCCAGUACCUUUUUCUCUGGAGAAGAAUGCUGCCGCUUUCCGCGCCCUACCAACUGUUGCUUUAUUAGUUUGUGUGAGUGUCUGUGCUCAGGAGGGCUGUGUUGCGUCCUUCACCUGUUUGUUUCAGGACUGUGUUUUCUUUUCUUAUUGAUGAAUGUGAAAGUGAAUGCGCCGCGCUUCCACCUGCUGUACUUAACACGAUCUGCCUGUGCGCUGUGUACAGGAAGCGGGGUUGGUUUUCGUGGGCGAUGCGCGACUUGUCAGUGACUCACCGCCUCUGUUGGUAUUGAGAGCCUCUGUUCCUUUUCAAAGUUUCGCGAAGCGCUGCUGGGGAUUUCAAGUUAAAGUGUUACUGCUGUUGAGAGCACACAGCCAGCAACAGACCGCGGAAGAAUACACCACAAAGUGUAACCAGGAUCCCCUGAGUGAUUUUCAGAUGUGGCUCCGUGUUCACGUGUAUCUCCUAUGAAUUGACUGGGUUAGAGAGAGAGAGAGAGAGCGAGGUCUGCGAGGAGAGAACAACAGACAAAGCUGAACUUGGAUGAUAUAUAUAUUUUAACUGGAGUAGCUAGUUGACACUGCCAGUGUCGGCCGCUUUUCUUCCUCUCCAUCAAGCGGAAUAUACAACAGUAAUGGUUUUCCUUUGGGACGCCAAAUACGAUGCUGCCCCUGGACGCAGGUUCACGCCGCCGUCCACCACUCUGAGCCCUGGGAAAAUAAGCGAAGGCUUGCCGCUGGGGGGGCAGGAGAACAGCGCUGCCCUGGUGGGGAAACUGCGCAUUACAGACCGGAGUAUGGUGGAGGUGCUGGCAGACCACCCCGGGGAGCUGGUCCGGACCGACAGCCCAAACUUCCUCUGCUCUGUCCUGCCAACACACUGGAGGUGCAACAAGACCCUGCCCAUAGCUUUUAAGGUGGUUGGCCUGGGCGACGUUCCCGAUGGCACGCUGGUCACCGUGAUGGCAGGAAAUGAUGAGAAUUACUCGGCAGAGCUGCGCAAUGCCACGGCCGCCAUGAAGAACCAGGUGGCCCGGUUUAACGACCUGAGAUUCGUGGGGCGCAGCGGCAGAGGGAAAAGCUUCACACUGACCAUCACAGUGUUUACAAACCCGCCACAAGUGGCCACGUACCACAGAGCCAUAAAGAUCACUGUGGAUGGACCACGGGAGCCAAGACGGCACCGUCAGAAGCUGGAUGAGCAGGGGAAGCCUGGCAGCCUGGCGUUCUCGGAGCGGCUGAGCGAGCUGGAGCAGUUGAGACGCACCGCCAUGAGGGUCAGUCCUCACCACAACCCCCGUCCAGCCCUCAACCACAGCACCCCCUUCACGGGACAGCCACACAGCCAGAUACAGGAUUCCAGGCAGAUGCAGGUGUCCCCUUCAUGGUCCUAUGAGCAGUCGUACCCGUACCUGGGUCAGAUCUCCACCCCGUCCGUCCACCCGGCCACCCCCAUCUCCCCAGGCAGGGCCAGUGGCAUGGCCUCCCUGACUGAGCUCUCCAGCAGGCUCUCCGCUGCUCCAGACCUGACAGCCUUCAGCGACCCCCGGAUGGGUAUCGAGAGGCAGUUUCCCACCCUGCCGGAUAGCCGCUUCUCAGACCCCCGCAUGCACUACCCGGGAGCCUUCACCUACACCCCUACUCCGGUCACCACGGGGAUUGGGAUCGGCAUGUCAGCCAUGAGCAGCGCUGCUCGCUACCACACCUACCUGCCUCCCCCCUACCCCGGAGCCUCCUCGCAGGGGCAGACCGGUGCUUUCCAGACCAGCUCGCCGCCCUACCAUCUCUACUACAGCACUUCCGCUGGCUCCUACCAGUUCUCCAUGAUGUCCGGGGGGGAGCGCUCCCCACCACGCAUCCUCCCGCCCUGCACCAACGCCUCCACCGGCUCAGUGCUGCUCCACCCCAACCUCCCCAGCCAGAGCGAGGUGGUGGAGGCCGAGGGGAGCCACAGCAACUCUCCCACCAAUAUGGCUGAGGCAGUGUGGCGGCCUUAUUGAAUCUGAGCAACUUCUCCACCAACAUGGCCGAGGCGGUGUGGCAGCCUUAUUGAAUCUGAGCAACUUCUCCACCAAUAUGGCUGAGGCAGUGUGGCGGCCUUAUUGAAUCUGAGCAACUCCUCCACCAAUAUGGCCAAGGCGGUGUGGCGGCCUUAUUGAAUCUGAGCAACUUCUCCACCAAUAUUGCCAAGGCGGUGUGGCGGCCUUAUUGAAUCUGAGGAAGUCCUCCACCAACAUGGCUGAGGCAGUGUGGCGGCCUUAUUGAAUCUGAGCAACUCCUCCACCAACAUGGCCGAGGCGGUGUGGCAGCCUUAUUGAAUCUGAAAUGAAAAAAGAAAAAAAAAAACAUAGAGACAAAAUCAGUAUUGGUGGUCACACUGAUUUUCUUUUUUUUUAAUCAAAAUAUCUGUUGACUAUGCAAGAUAUUUGAGAAAAGUUGGGUUUUAUUAUUAUUAUUAUUAUUAUUAUUAUUAUUAUUAUUAUUAUGGACCACUAAACAGGUGGUACUAAACGAAACUGGUUAAAAACUGUGAAUGAUUUACAUUCAGAAAUGCUGUGAAUAGAUUUUUUUUUCCAUUUUCAUGGGGAUGUCAUGUUUAUUGGAAGCUCUCUUCCUCCUCCUCCUCCUCCUCCCCCUGAUGGAUCCCUGCUCCUCCUCAGGACCUGCUUGGCUUCACAAGGGCUGGACUGAGUCGGUUCCCAGAGAGAUAGUUCAGAAUCUGUUUUUUUUCAUGAAGAAAAGCUUUCUGUAGCUUAUUGUUCUUUUUUUCUUAUGAAUUUCUUUGAGCUCUGAUUGAACUUCGUUGGAAUAUAUAUAUAUAUAUAUAUAUAUAUAUAUAUAUAUAUAUAUAUAUAUAUAUAUAUAUAUAUAUUCUUGUGACAUCAGAGCAGCAUUUUACUUCUCUGUGUUACACUGUAAUUUGUACCACACAGACGCACACAUAGACUCAGACACACACAUAGAUAGUCACACAGACACACACACUCACAGACACACACACAGACAUGUGUGUGAUUGUGAAGCCAAUGUGUUCAUUGCAGUGGAUAACAUGUGGCAUUACAAACUGUUUUUUAUUUUGUUUUGUUAUGAAAAACACUUAGCCUGUUCCACGGUGAGAUUGUCAAUGAGUACCCUUUGUAUUUCAUUGUUUAAAGCUUACUUUUUAAAAUGCAUGUGUUUUUCCAAAGUCGUUGUCUUCCUGUUGUAUCUCUGUGACACCACCCGGCUGGCCAGAUAGAGACACAGCCCUCCAGAAGGGCUUGAAUUGAGCCCCGAGUUUGGUUGUGUGCUAGGCCUUAGUUAUUCUGCAGGGACCUCCUGCAGCUUGCUUGUUCAUAGCAGUAUGUACCUGGGUAGAUUUCUGCUAAUCUAAGUCAUUUCUAUAAUACAGCAUCUAACAUCAACAUACAUCCCAUAGUACCAGAGAGACCUCCCUUAAUAUCACGUCAAUAACUAUUAUUUUGGAUGGCCCACCAAAUAAUUUGGGGUUGUCUCCAGAAUAUAAGGUGUAUAUCUUAAAAUCAGAGAUGUAGUAUUUGCAUACAUUUAAAUACUACAUUAUUUAAUGUGUGUAUUGAAAAGAAAAUGUGUUAAAUGGGGCGGAUUUUCCAUAAAAAUGUUCUCUGUAAAUAUGAAAAUAAAUAUCCUAAUCCAUGGAUGUGAACCCCUUUUAAAUCUGAAAUGUUUCAGUGAUGUCUCUCAUCUACUGUACAUACAUACAACCAAUAUAGUCCUUUCAUUCAGAGACAUUAAGGAGUACAAAAUAAAUACAUCAAAAACUCUGAUUUUAACAGUGGAGCAAGCUGGAGUAGUUGUAGAAUAUGCUGAGAAAGGGGAUUGGAGCAGCAUUCACUCUGUAGAGAGACUCUGAGAAAGGGGUUUGGAGCAGCACUCACUCACUGUAGAGAGACUCUGAGAAAGGGGAGUGGAGCAGCACUCACUCACUCUGUAGAGAGACUCUGAGAAAGGGGAGUGGAGCAGCACUCACUCACUCUGUAGAGAGACUGAGAAAGGGGAGUGGAGCAGCACUCACUCACUCUGUAAAGUGUGCAAUCAGAUCUCCAGCAGGGUCAGAGCGUUCAGUCUUGUCAUUUCAUUCUUUGUCAAACACAAAGCCUGGGUCAAUUGUAGCACUAUUGAAGAACAAUUCACAGAAGCAAUAUUGUAACAACAUGGGCACCCAACAGAACUUAUUUUUAGUAUUGUUUUAGGUUUUUGUUUGGAGCUGUUGGGUGUCAAUGUAGCCAUCACUGUAUUCCUAACAGCCGGGUAUUUCAAAGAUUUGUAUCUGCCUAACUUGUGAUGAUGGAUUGAAUGUUAUUGAAUUUGUUUUGUUGUUGUUUUUUUGUUUUGUUUUUUUAAAUGAAGGCAGGGAUAUUGUAUAUUGCUGGUCAACACAAAAGAUCAUUUGAAAAGCAGGGCUUUAAAAAGGAACCUUGUAGAAAAUGUAAAUGACAAGCAGGUCAGGGAUGGGCUGCAGGCAGCAUCCGGCUGGGACUUUAUCACUGGUUUGAUGUCUUACUGAUCAGGACGUUUUGUUUGGUAACACUUUCAAAUAAUGGCCCUGAAUCCCUUUGAAUCCAGCAUGAAUAUUUUAAGAAUACCAUUUGAAUGCUACUAUACAUUUCAUCAGCAAAACCAUAAUAAAUUCCAAAGAAAAGAAUAUACAUUAAAAAGCUGAUAUUCCAAAAGAAAUCAAACGGACAGGAAGAAAAUUUUGUAAAAUGUUACCCUUCUUCCACUUUGUUUCUGCUCCAGGACAAGAUGUACAGUAGAUUUUAUUUUCUUGUACAGCUUGGAAAUAGAAAAUCCUUUUGUUAGUAAUGACAGAGUUUAUUAUGGUUUAUUAUUCUCACAAACAUUUGACACAAAGUGAUGUGGUUUUAUAUUUUUAUACAGUUCCUGGUCAACAAUUUGGAUUAGUCCAAUAGGGAUGAGAUUCAAACUCUCAUCUACUCUGUAAAAAUCUGUUGUUUUCAGGCCAGACGUGGAUCUUAAGUGUUUAAAAUCGAUGCCAUGUGGCUUUUCGAAGACGUCUCUCUCGUCUUCCCUGGCAAGGGCCCGCUGUGGAGCUGAGGACAGGCAGGAAUCCUAAACCGUAACAUGAAACCUCAGCUGGGUUAUCAGCGAGAUUAAGUUUAUAUUUAGUAAUUUAUUAUUUAUUUGAUUUAUUUGCAUUUUGAAUCCCUCUCUGACGCAAGCGAGAUGAAGCGAGUGUCACACCCUGACCACUCGUCACUACGCUGAACUCCUUGGCCUAGAUGGAAUCAGUUGUUUGUCUAAUGUUCUUAGCGUUUUGUGGGCGGUGGUACAUAACGCUUUCCUAUGAUGAUACACUGUAGCAUUUUGUGGGCAGUGGUACAGGGCAGGCCCCUAGUUUUUGGAUAACUCUCAAUCGGUCACAACAGCCAUUUGAAGUCGGUUCAGCUACUCAGGUCAAGGAGGUGCUGACUGGAAUUAAAAGGCCCUGCAGUGCUCUAGUCAUAAAACAGUUACUUGUGUUUGGACCCACAAACCAUGUUUCCCAGCCCACAGGAGCCUGCAGGGUUGCAGUUUGUGCUCCUCGUCACAUCAUGCGUGUCUCCCAUUGUGGUAAAUGCUUCCAACAAGAGCAGAAGGAACUUUUUUGCUGAUAUUUUGUUUGAGGUUGAUGUGAUUUAUUUUGUUGACAUGUCUGUAAAUAGCUCCACAAUGUUAUUGACCCUUAUUACACAACACUUUGCUGUUUCACCUGGGAAACUAAUUGCCUAAUUUUGUUUUAUUUUUUAAAUAUACUUUUCUGUUGUGUUGCUGAAA